CAAGUAGGCUAAACUUGAAAAAAAACAGUGAUUGUGUUUAGUUGGAAACCAAACACAAUCAAACACAUUAAGAUUCGCGAGUGACUUUCACUUCAGUGAAAACUAGAUUUACGAUGCCUAUAAGGUUUCGACUCUCCUCCAGUUGUGGUAAGCAGUUAAACUUGGACCCUAAAACCACACAAUAAAAACACUGCUGUUAUGACAACGUCAGUGUAAGAGGACCCACCUUCCCUUUAUUAGUUGUUGACCGAGAGAGCAGGAAAUACACCUGAGCUGAGUUUCCUUACAGGCAUCGAUCCCAUGAGCACAGCAUCACUGUCACUGCAUUUCUGAUCUCUCAACACCACGUUUGCCUAUAAUUUAUAAAAUAAUAUAAAGCCUCUACGCGGCGCGUCGACACGGCUCCUUCUCCGUGCAGAAAAGGUGCAAAUCCAAACAGAAAGUACAUGGAGACCUCUGUAUCAGAAGAGAGUGACUCUGCUAGCAGCAGCAACGCAGAGGACAAUCACUCCAAGACCGUUUGCAAAACCCUCUUUGAAACCACAAGUCUGCACUCUGACUCUGAAUUUGAUCAAGAACUCUGCAAGAAAGAUAUUGAAAAACUUUUGAAUACCAAUCCAGAUGUUUUCAAACGCUGUAAACUUGUAAUGGAAAGACACGAUCAGGCGUGUGCCAGGCCUCUCGAUGAACCAACGCUCUGCAUCAAAAUCUGUGGAAGAGAACAUGUGGGCAGAUCUUUUCCUGAAGAUGAAGUCUGUGUAAAGAUCUUGGACCGAGAGCAGUGUCCGCAGGAAGGAGAAGUGUUAAAAGGGAGGGUUGUUGGACUAAUAAAUAGAGAUGAAAAUUCUCUAACCUUCAUCUGUAAGAUGGUGGGAGACAACCCAAAACUUGUUGCACCUCUCAACAAACACAUGACCAGAAUACGAACAGUUCAAACAAAGCCUGACAUGGUUGAAAUACGACAAUACAAGAAUGGGCGCUGGGUGAGAAAGGAAUUUGUAAAGAUUGCUGAGAAUCAAAUGUUAUUAAUCAAGGUUAUAAAAUGGGAAAAUGGGAAAACAUACCCUCUUGGAGUGGUCACAAAAAUAAUUCCAGAGUGUGAUGCUUUGGAUGAAAUGCUAGGCAUUGAACUUGGCUGUAAAGACACACCUCCACCAUUCAAACUACAAGAACCUGAAGAUGACAAGACUUUAUACAGGACACAAUUGUGUGGCAUUAUCACUUUCACCAUUGACCCACCUACAGCUGAAGACCUGGAUGAUGCCAUUAGUGUGAGGGAAAUUAACUGUGAUAGCUAUCAGAUUGGUAUUCACAUUACAGACGUUGCAAAUGUCAUUCCCAAAGAUAGCGAGCAAGACAAUUUCGCUAGACUGCGCGGCAAAACAAUUUACACUCCAGAGAAGGGAGACGUGAAUUUCAUGUUCUCAAGAGAGCUGAGCAAUGACCACUUGAGUUUGUUGCCUAAUAAGAUUCGGAAAGCCAUAUCCUUGCUGGUAGACAUUGACAAGAAAACAAGCAAAAUACUAAACAUAGAGUUUGAUCAAACCCAAAUUAAGUCUAACAGACGGAUGUCAUAUGAAGAGGCAGACGAAAUUAUUCAGAAGUACUGCUUGGAUGACACUGAGCCUCUGCAGUUCUCUUGCGUGGAGGAUUGUUUAGCUGUCGCUUGCCGUUUCUCAGAAGUGCACAGAAAACACAGGCUGGAAGGUGGAUGGCCGUUUGGGAGGCAGGCAGGGCAAAGUCGCUCUCAUGCCAUGGUGGAGGAGCUAAUGAAUCUCUACAAUAGUGCCACAGCCGAAAAACUCAUAUCUACAGACGUCACAAGACAUCUCACUCCACUGAGGUGCCACAGGGAGCCGGACCCAGAACAACUGUCUCAUUUUAAGGAGAAAUAUGCUGAGCUAAUUCCCAUGUCGCCUUACUUUUCAAAUGUUUGUGAAGUAGAUACUCAUAGUGAAGAGCAAGUUUGGCCCAAUCCACAAUAUGAAAAUAUGGAGCACAAUGGCAUAUCAUUUAAUAUAUUCACGUCCAUAUUUCAAAAGAUGGAAGAGUUUGCACAGAGCAAAGAUUAUUAUAAUCUGAUGCAGUUAAUUUUUUCGGAUGAAAUCCAUCCCACUCUUAUCCCUAUGGUGCAGGAGUUUCGUGACAUUCAGAAGAAAGCCGUCAUCCUUCGGUCAUGUUCCUCAGUGGAUUCCAGGUUGGGUCACCAUGAUUUACGGCUGAACGCCUACACCUGUGCAUCAUCUCCUAUGAGGAGUUAUCUGGACCUUAUCUUGCAGAGACAUCUGCACACCAUGCUGUCUAAGGAGAUCCUAAAGCAAGCUGACUACACUCAAGUUGAAAUCAAUGGGUUCUGCCAAUCUGGAAUGGAUGCAGAAGAGAAGCAUGAUGCUCUGGUGUUGAAACUAAAAACGUUUCAGUUUCAACCCAAAGAUGUGGUUAAGCUUGCAGUGGUGGACCAGCUCACUCCACAAGGGCAUGAAUUCACAAUAUCGUUCCCACUACAUUCUAAAUUAGGCGUCAUCACCAUCAUGUACAAGCAUCUUAAAGUUGUGGAUCAGCCAAGCUACAACAAGGAAGAUAACUCCAUGACUCUUCGUUGGAAGAGAAGAGUGUAUUCUUUCAGAAAAUUGUUCAAGAGUUCGUAUCCAUCAAAUCCCAUAAAGAAUGUGACACCAGUGUCAAGUAACUUGUGGAAAAGGCUGCUAUAUGCAAUGAAACAGCAGGAUUGGAUUAAGAUUGAGCAAUGCCUCCAAGACAUGAAAAAAUCUGAGAAUGAAGAAAAGGAAAGAAGUACAAGUGAGGCUUGUUCAACAGAACAACGCCAUUAUAAGGAACUAACCAUGGAGCUGAAGUUAGGAGCAGUUGUUCAGGUGCAGCUUGGGAAUGAACUCAAAGAUGGCUUUCCAGUUCCUGUAGUUCAACUGCUCAGUGUUAAUCAAUGUUUUGAGAUCUGUUUGGAGCACACAAGAAACCCUAUUGAUUGUUUUUCCAAAACAGUAUGCAAUUCAUCGAAGCCUUUCUAUGAGAGCUACGAGGAGUACCAGAACAUCUGGAGCCAACUAUGCCAGAUAGACACCGCUUACAAUGCUUUGGAAGAAAAUGACAGCGUCAUCUUAGAGGGUGUGCGUAUAACGUGGACUGGAGAUGAAACAAAUCUCCAAGGGUUCUUUAAUCUGACAAAGACUCAGAAAAAACAGUGGUCUCUGGAGUUUGAUCUUAGCAACUGUUUCUUGUGCAUCAGACUAAGAGAUCAGAAACUGAAGAAGGAUGAGAGUGAUGCAGAACAUCUGGAUAGUUCAGAAAUUUUAGACCUGCAGGGUUCACUACCUUUUACAUGGGUUGCACAUGCAGUAACCACAAAACCAAAGAAACAGAAGAAUGGAGACAAUCAAAACAAAAUUAAAUUUCAGAUCACAAAAAAAUCUAUGAGUUACAUCCCACCCAAGGUUUUUGAACGGGGAACAAACUUCACUGUUGAGGUCAUUCCCAAAAAAAUUCCAUAUUUGCUCAGGGAAAAUGUGAUUAAAAACUUAAAACGGGCGAAUAAUCUGGUGAAGAAUGUUGCCACUAACCAACAACUUGAAGAACCGAAUGCCAAGGCAUAUCAAAAUAUCAACUUGGACAAUGUGGAUGAAAGCCUGAACCUGCCACGUCUGAAUGACAGCCAGCAGAAAGCUGUUGAGGAGGCUGUGAAGAAACCUUUCACAGUGAUCCAGGGCCCACCAGGUACAGGGAAAACAGUGGUUGGUAUUCACAUUGUUUAUUGGUUUUUCAAGAAGAACCAAGACUUUCUGGCCUCUUCCAAAUCAACCCCUGAUGAGAAACCCCCAAAAAAGCCUGCCAUCCUCUACUGUGGACCUUCCAACAAAUCUGUUGACAUUGUUGCAGAGCAAUUGUUGAAACUCAAAGGAGUCCUAAAGCCUCUGAGAAUCUACUGUGACCAGAUGGAAAUGCGUGAAUAUCCAUAUACAGACAGCGACCUAAAGCUUUGUCGCAAAUCCCUCCGUGAUGAAAAACCAAAUGAGGAGCUCAAGAAUAUUACACUCAUGUACCUUGUUCGUAAACCUGAGAAUCCUUUUUCGGUACAAAUUAAAAACUUUGAAAGGCAAAAAUUAUCAGAGGAUCAAGUAGACAUCUACAGGAAACAGUUGAAGGAAGCUCACAAGCAUGAGAUUCAGAAGUAUGAUGUCGUGUUGUGCACCUGCUCAUCAGCACUGAAACCUGAAAUCCUUGCAGUCAUGGAUUUCCGGCAGAUACUCAUUGAUGAAUGUGCUAUGGCAACAGAACCAGAGGCCUUCAUCCCUUUAGUUUCCUACAAUCCAAAGCAGAUUGUUUUGCUGGGCGAUCACCAACAGAUACGGCCGAUAGUGCAGUGUGCCCUCGUGAAAAAGAUGGGCAUGCAACAGUCUCUGUUUGAACGCUACAUGGAUCUGGCCAUAAUGCUGGACACACAGUACAGAAUGCAUGAGGCAAUUUGCAGGUUUCCUUCAAAAGAGUUUUAUAAAGGAAUAUUGAAAACUGGAGCUGAACGAGGACCCUGCUACUUGCUUAACAAGUACGAACUGCCAACGGCGAUCCUGUUUGGCCACGUGCAAGGAAAAGAAGACAGUUUAGUGGUAUCUACAAAAGAAGGCAAUGAGAGCUCAGUGGCCAACACUGAGGAGGCAGAGCAGGCUGUCCGUGUGGCAGAUAUGUUGAUUAAUCAGUCUGGUGUGCCACCUGAGCAUAUUGCAAUUCUGACCCCUUACAACGCACAGGUGUCAGAGAUCAAAAAGACAGCAGAGAAGAGGGGUAUUGAAAAUGUCACUGUUUGCACAAUAAUGAAAAGCCAAGGAAGUGAGUGGCCGUAUGUGAUCGUAUCUACUGUGCGCUCCUGCUCCAUAUCUGAUAUAGAAAGUGACAGACCAAGUAAAUCCUGGCUUGGAAAAAGACUCGGAUUCAUCACUGAUCCAAAUCAGGUCAAUGUUGCCAUAACUCGUGCACAGGAUGGGCUGUGCAUUCUGGGUAAUAGUACUCUGUUGAGAUGCUGUGAACUUUGGAAAAGACUCCUAGAUCACUAUUACAGAGCACACUGUGUGGUGAAUCCGGCUAGUGACAUUAAGGUCCAAAGCAGAGAGUGACGAGUGGCAGUCCUUACUGAAUGUGCUUCACAAGGAGCAGGUGUCUGGUAGAGCCUUGCUGUCCCGUUUGCAGACUAGCUUCUCUGGCCUUCAUCUCCCCCUCGUGGUGGCCUUUGUGUAGCACAUGCUUAUGUUUUACCAUGCGGAAGCACUUGUUUUUAUAGGUCAAUACACUAUUCAACAAUUAAAAUACAAGCACUCAGUUGUGCACCAUUCAAAACCCAAACUGAGAAUGCUUAAUGUCAAUCAAUUUGUAAAUCUAAAUGGAAUUCAAACUGAAGUUGCUAACAGAAUGCAGAAAUGCAAUUACAAUUUUAAUUUAAAGAAGUAAAUUAAGUGAAGUACAUCUAAAUGAUGGUUUGAUUAUUUAUUUAUUUAUUUGAUUUAAUUAUUGAUGGUUUGAUUAUUUAGAAUGAAAAAAAAUAGCUUUCAUUAUAUGGACCAGCGUGGAAGACUUUUCACUAUAAUGUCAUUACCUAUUGCAUUUCUUUGAAUAUUAAUUGAGUACAUUUCAAAUUUGAAUAUGUACUGCAUGUUACUUAAAUGUGAGCAUGUUUAUCUCUGACAUAAUAUACUUUACUUACAUUAGCCCUUUUGUGGUGUUCAUAUUUUUGUUACUCAGCCAGUGUUCGUGGGUCUGGUGGACCCGCUGCUUUUUUGGGUUUUUAAUUCAGCGCAUUCAAAAAAAUUGUAUGUUAAAAUACUCGACAGAUGUUUACUUCAUCCAAAUUACAAGCAAUAUAAACAGUAAAUAUGGUUGAUAUUUGCCCUGUACCUUUGUUAGAUCACAUUUAUGAAUUAAAGUGCUACAACCUUGUGUGGGAAUGGCAGGGGCAGAAACACAAAACUCACACUUACACUCACUCUCAGAGACUCUCUCUCACACACACACACGCACAUACACACACACACACAUGUUGGUUUAUGUGGUUUACGGGGACUCUCCAUAGGCGUAAUGAUUUUUAUACUGUACAAACUGUAUGUGCUAUUGCCCUACUACACCAACCCUACACCUAAACCUACCCCUUACAGAAGACUGUCUGCAUUUUUAGAUUUAAAAAAAAACACCAUUUAGUAUGUUUUUUAAGCCUUUUGAUUUACGGGGACAUAGGCAGUGUCCUCAUAAACCACCUUCAAAUUGUAAUACCUCUGUCAUACCCAUGUUAUUAUACAAAUUUGUGUCCCCGUAAACCACAUAAACAUGCACAGAUAAACACGCACAUACUAAUAGCAGGCCCAGACAACAGAAGGACUGAGUGAAGGUACACAGGACCUAAAAUUCCCAUUCUUUUAUUACCCUCGGGUCCAGUGGAUACUGGAAUAGGAUGGGUGUACAAUGUGUGAUCACUGAAAAUUUGUUCUGAUAUAUGUUCUUCACGGAAAAUGAACCAAGGCCAAUGAGUAUGAGUUUGAAAAAAUAAUGAAUCGUUUCAUUUUUCUAUUUUUCUAUCAUUUUUCUAUUGACAAAAACGGGUCCCACAGACCCGAACACCAUACAAGGGUUAGGCUAUUGACAAUAAUUUGGAGUAAUUUAUCUGUGCUUUAUUGAGUGGGAUCUGUUUUGCAUUUCUGCACCAUUCAGUAAAAAAAAGCAAUUUUUCUAUGACCAAACAUGUUGUUACUUGUGCAAAACAAUUACUAUAGGUCAUAUUAAAGAAAAAUAAUUCUGUAUGGCUGUGG